UCGCGGUUUCAGGAAUCGCAUCCACCUGGAGGAUUCACUAGCGUUGUUUGUGGUGGCCCCCGACUGACGAUGUGUUGGUUCGAGUGAGACUAGUGUCAGUGAUGUGAUUGUGGAAAUGCAGGAGAUGGUGUGGACGUGUUCCAGUUCCCAGCAGGUGAAGUUCUGUUUUGGACGGCGAGGAGGGAUUUUUGGAGAGGAGAUGGAUACUGUAUGUUUACUGCGAAUGGAGCUCUGAGCGUUGGGUGGGUCUAAAGUGGGAUACUUAGAUUCUUCGCGCCAGCAGAAAUGUUUUAAACGCUCUCGCGGAACUAGUAAAUGACGAUGACAGCUCCCACUGCUCAAGGGAAAAGCGAGACCAUGUUUCUUUCUAACUUUAACCUCGCCACUGUAGGAGUGCCCGUUUCUGCUGGAGCAUAUUGGUGUUUCAUUCUAUUUCAGACGUUGUUGGUGUGGUUGGGGCCAGUGGCAGUAAACGAUCCUCGUGUAUGUAUCCAUGACAGGGGUUUGGAGCCUUGGGAUUGUUCUAUAGAUCGAUGAUUCGAACAUGGUGGUCGAUCCCACUUGAAAGUUGGCGGAUAAAUUUUGACGUGAAGCUGCGCGCCUGAACCACGGGAAAAGUGAUUUUGGGUGAUGCUUGCUAGAAUUGUGGGGAAUCUUUGAAUUGCUUGAAAAUUUUGACGUGAAGCUGCGAGCCUGAACCACGGGAAAAGUGAUUGUGGUGAUGCUUGCUAGAAUUAUGGGGAAUCUUAGAAUUGCUUGAAAAUUUUGACGUGAAGCUGCGAGCCUGAACCACGGGAAGAGUGAUUGUGGUGAUGCUUGCUAGAAUUAUGGGGAAUCUUAGAAUUGCUUGAGAGAUGUCUGCAUUCCCUGGUGCGAGGAAACUGUGUAUUUGUUUUCAUGCAUGUAGACUAGGAGGGAGGGAAGGUUCGUAUCACUAGUCGACGGUUGAACAGUUUGUCUCCGCCUACCACUUGGAAAGAAAUUUUGAGAAUUAGGCCGCCGAAGACUGUACCUGUCGAAUCUGGAGGAGACGAUUUGAAGGAUUUUGAUAACAUGGGAAUUGGAGAUUGAGGGACUCGUGGCGGCGAUUGAUGGCUGGUCUAGAAGUUUUCAUUUUGAGUUUGCAAGCUACUCUACUCAGGAGCUGUUAAGAUUGUGUAGGCUAGAUGGCCUCAUAUGGGAUUCUAUUGAGUUUGCUCUACCUCUACCAACUCUGCACGAGCUUAGUUGCGGCUCAGACUGUGGACAACCAUUACGCCGAUAACGAUCUAUACGCGUUGGGGCAACUUUGGGCGGAAUGGAGCCAGAGCACUCCAGACGGGCAGCACAACCUGGCGGGAUGGAAUGGGGCUGUCAAGACGUAUCCUCCGUGCGCCCAGACCAGUCCAUGGCGAGGCGUCUUCUGUAACGCAAAGCCCAAGUCAGAGUGGGGUAGAGAUGUCUGGGACUUUGAGAUUGUGGGCUUGACGUUGAGAGACGCCUCGAUUGUUGGCAAAUUACCACCGGCUAUUGGAAACCUUACCAAUUUAGUUACUUUAAUCCUCACUGACAAUCCAGAACUAACAGGUCCUCUACCUGAAGAGCUCGGCUACUUGUUGAGUUUGUUCGACAUAGAUUUACAUGGCAAUGGUUUCACGGGACCUAUUCCCAAAUUCUUCUACCAAUCAUUUGGGUUUCUUCAAUCCCUAGACUUGAGUGGCAAUCAGCUCACUGGACAGCUUCCAGAGAACAACAGCAUCUCAUAUCGCACUUUACAAACAAUGAAUAUGUCUUAUAACUUAUUCUCAGGGGAGAUACCACCCGAUUUGCUGAUAUACCUUGGCAAUUUAGUGUCAGCGGAUUUUUCUUCCAAUAGAUUCACUGGUGGCCUUCCAUUGUUGGUGUAUCCGAACAAAACUAAGAUUUUAGACCUGGACUUUUCAAACAACCUCAUCAAUGGUUCGCUUCCCACAAUGUCAGGACACCGAACAAUUCGCUUUUUCAACGCCAGUGAAAACCUACUCUCAGGAGAACUUGAUUCAGCAUUGCUAUCCAACAUCUCCACGUUAACCACGUUGGACCUUUCAAGAAAUCAAUUUACAGGCACCAUUCCUGAUUUGAGCACGUUGGAAAAACUGGAGUACUUAGAUUUGAGCUACAACAAUUUCACGCCUGAACCUUUUCCCACUUGGGCUAACAACUUCAGGAGCUUGCGCAAGUUAAUGUUGAAGGGAGUCUCAUUCACGGGUUCUGUUCCUUCAUCCAUCGUUGCCGGUUUCGAGAACUUGCAAACAUUAGGUCUAGAUGACAACAACAUGACAGGGACGCUUGACAUCAACCGCCUUCUUGCUGUGCCCAAUCGGAGCCGGAGUCUGAAAUUAAUUAGCCUCACAAAUAACAAGAUUUCGAAUGUUGCAUACUCUGAUUACGUCUACAACCUCAACAUCAAAUUCAAUCUAUCAGGCAAUCCGUAUUGUGACCUCGCCGGCAAAUCAGAUAAUGAUUUAAGACGUUGUGUUUGCCACCAACAAUGCUUCUACACCGAGGAGGUCGAGAAUAGCAAGAAGAUUAUCAUCACUGUGAUAGCUGUGACCCUACCCACAUCGUUAUUAUUCUGUUACAUCGCAUACGGUAUUUUUUUCUGCAAGAGCAGGAGAGAAAGAAGAAAGCUCAUAUGCGAAGCUAAUCAAAAAUUCGCAGAAUAUGAAGUUAAGCCAACAAUUUACACGUACAGUGAAGUUCGGACGAUCACUAAUGAUUUUCACCCAGACGUGAAGCUUGGACAGGGACACUAUGGUGCGGUUUACAAGGGCACAUUUCCCAAUGGGACCCAAGUUGCUGUAAAGCAACUGUUUACGAAAUCCCAGCAAAGCCUAGAUGUCUUUCUGAAUGAGAUUGUUCUAGUUGCAGCUGUCAAGCACCGCAACCUUGUGAAACUAAAAGGAUGCUGCAUACGUAAGGACCAGCGCCUGCUGGUCCACGAUUAUGUCGAACUCGGUGACUUGGAGCAAGUGCUAUUUGAACAUAAGCGGAACAUCAACCUGAGCUGGCCUAUUCGUCGAAAUAUAUGCCUUGGAGUUGCUCACGGCAUCCACUACUUACAUUCACUAGCGCAGCCAAGAAUCAUCCACCGUGACAUAAAAGCAAGUAAUAUUUUAUUAGACAAGAAUCUGGAGCCCAAAAUUGCAGACUUCGGCUUAGCUCUGCUGUUUCCAGACGAUCAGAGCCACGUUAUGACUAUCCAUAUUGCCGGCACCAGAGGCUACCUAGCUCCGGAAUAUGCAACACUGGGACAAUUAAGCGAGAAAGUUGAUGUGUACAGCUUCGGUGUCCUGCUUUUUGAGAUCAUAAGUGGAAGACGAAACAUAGACAUGAAGCUGCCGGAGGAGAAAGUCUAUCUUCUCGAAUGGGCAUGGAAGUUGCUCGACGAAAACAACGUUACGGAACUCUUAGACCCCACCCUCAAUCUCCAAAUAGACGAAGAGAUGGAGUUGCAGAGAUUCCUCAACAUAGCUUUCCUGUGCGUGCACUCAUCAGCGGAUCGGCGACCAAACAUGUCCCGCGUCGUCGCCAUGCUACAAGGUGACAUGGAUUUGGAGAUUUUGGAGCUGACUCGUUUGCGUGACGAGAGUCGCUUGAACAACCGGUUCGAUGCUCUGGUCCCUUACUCUAGCUCUAGUUGUGAUCUUGCUUCUGGCAACAGCUACCGAAACUCCGCGGUCUUUGUAAGUUCCACGCCAUCAGGCUCCAGAGACGGCUUACUUUCGACUGCGAGCAGAACCAUUCAGAUGUCUGACACAGAGUGGAUCAGAUAACUUGGUGGGGGAAGUUGGAACCAGGUCUGUGCAGCUCCACCGACUCUGUGAGCUCACGUUGCAAAUUUUUGUGGAUUUUGAUAGAAUUAGUGAGGCAGUUGUGUAGAAUCAAACUUAAUUGAGAGCCACCCACGUGCAUACUUGUGUCAACUUUGUAAAGCUGUGCUGAUCCCAUGUGCGAGUCCCUUGUGAGAAUAGUAGGUAUUAGAAAAGUGUGCACGGACGGGUUCUUGCGUUUUUGCGGAGACUAGAGUAGUCUGAGCACCAAUUUUAUCUUCUCUUUUUUUCGUUCUUGUUCUGAAGCUAAAUUCUUGAAUUCAACACAAUGACAUCGAUUUGAACAUAGGUCUUUCAUAAAUUUUUACAUUUUACCAGGCCAAUGAAGGAGAACGCUUGUGGUCUGACGUUCUAUCAUUCGGCUGUGACCACAUUAUUAGUGGACUAUGAACAAUGGCUGAACUUUCAGGCAGUGUGGCCUGCUUUUGGAAAAGUAUUGACUACUCUUGGAGACCACACUUAGAAUACUCAAUUUGCGUAAUAGUCAACCCAACAGCAAAAAAGAAAGUAGAUCAUCUCCCUGCAAAUAUGUUGACAAAAAGAUACUAACAAUUGAAGGUUAACUGAUUCAACAGA